AUGCCAAAUUUCGCUCAUACUUUUCCACUAUUUUCGACAACUUAUCUCAGCUCCCCAUUUCCCAUUUUCUCAAAUCGCGUGUUGUCACUUCCACAUCGAUUGCGACUUCAUCACUUAUUCACCAAUCUCUCUACCUUCAUAUUAUUAAUAACACUCGUCAAUAAAUUCACUCAUCGAAUUGAAGUUGUCCCAGUUUCACUUAAUUAUCCACACACGAUGGUCCUCUCCAUGGAAAAAUGGGUCGGCAAAGUGGCCGUAGUGACCGGUGCUAGUGCAGGAAUCGGGGCCGCUAUUGCGAAAGCCCUGGUCGAAAGCGGCGUUAUCGUUGUAGGCAUGGCUAGGCGUACCGAGCUCAUCGAGCAACACGGCGAAGACCUGGCAGACAAACCUGGGAAACUUUAUGCUUGUAAAGUUGAUAUGUACAACGAAGAGGAGAUCGUGAAUGGGUUUAAGUGGGUUGAGGAGAAUAUAGGGCCUGUGAAUAUUUUAAUCAAUAAUGCAGGGUCGUCUAAGGAUACUACUCUGUAUGAUGGUAGUACUGAAGAUUGGAAGAGUGUUUUCGACUUGAAUAUUUUGGCACUGUGUAUUGCCACGAGGGAGGUGAUAAAGAUGAUGAGGGAACAUGAAAUUAAUGGGCACAUUGUUCAUAUUAAUAGCAUUUUUGGGCACAGGGUGCCCUCUUUUGGGAUGCACGUUUAUCCGGCGUCGAAGUUUGCGGUGACUGCGCUUACGGAGACCUUGAGGCAGGAGUUGAAUUCUAUUGGGUCUAGGAUUAAAGUGACAAGUGUCAGUCCUGGUGUUGUUCAAAGCGAAUUGACGACUCAAAGUCCAGAUCCUCAAAAAAGAGAAUUUUAUGCAAGCAUUCCCAUUUUACGCGGAGAGGACAUUGCUGACGGUGUAGUUUACGCUCUGUCAACACCUGAAGAUGUCCAAGUGCACGAGCUCACGAUUAAACCAAUGGGAGAGGCAAACUGAAGAAAAGUGAUAAAUUUUAUCGUCAGUUAGGUUUAGCCAAGUUCC